AAUGCCAUGAAAAAACACAUUUUCGGGACUCGCCGACUUCGCCGACUCGGGUACCUGGAUAUGGUCAGCUAUGGUAUAAGUAAUAUUUUCGAGCAGAGAAAAUAGCAUAUUAAUUAAGGCUAAAGCGUACCUCCUUUCAGAAAUUCCGCGUCAUUCAAAAAUGUGCAUAUUAAUUAGGUGUUCUAUACAUUGACCAAGUAAACAGUCGCGAAGUUGAUUAGGCGAAAUUAGUCUCACUUUAAUACUUUAUCAAUAUCAUAGCUAUAUAUUCAACUUAUUGUAAAGGCACUGUAUAAUAUGUUAUAGAACCAUAUUAACCAGGACCUCCAAAAUGGACAGUGAUGAGAAAACGCAUAUGGCUGCAAAUGGUUGUGAGCAACAUUGCCUUAAUAUAAGCAAAUAUCGGAAGCAUGUACCAACCUUCAUUGGCAGAUGGGUAACUCGUGUGUUGGUUGGUUUUGUACUUUGGGCCACAGUGUGGUCAAUUGUUGGCCAAGAUGCCUUGCCUGGUGGAAAUAUAUAUGGCUUGUCUAUUUUGCUAGCUGUUGCAGCAUUAGUUGGUUUCCUGGUGCGACUUAUACCAUGGUUAAAGCUACCAAGUUUGUUGGGGAUGCUGAUUGCAGGGUUUGUGUUAAAGAAUGUGGAUGGAAUAGAUGUUGCAAAAGAGAUAGAUAACGAGUGGUCAUUAACAAUCAGGAAUGUUGCAUUGGUUGUAAUAUUGUUACGGUCAGGUCUUGGGCUUGAUCAGAAUGCACUCAAGAGGGCGAAGUGGACAAUUGGUCGGCUAGCAUUGUUACCAUGCAUUGCUGAAGCAAUCACAGUUGCAGUCAUGGGACAUCUGUUGUUAGACAUGGGAUUCCUUUGGAGCUUUCAGCUAGGUUUCCUAAUUGCGGCAGUGUCACCUGCAGUCGUGGUACCGACCCUUCUAGAACUGCAAGAAAAAGGAUAUGGUGUUGACGAGGGAAUACCAACAUUAGGCGUGGCAUCAGCCUCACUUGAGAAUGUGUUUGCUAUCAGUCUUGUGGGUGUGUUUUUAGGACUUGCAUUUUCAGAAGGAAACCUAACUUAUAAUAUAUUUCGAGGGCCAAUUGAGAUUGUUUUGGGCCUUGCAAUUGGCAUAAUUGUUGGACCUUUACUUUGGAUUCUGCCAUUUAAUCAUAAGAGCGAUGCACCCCAGAAAAAUAGAUUUGUCCUGCUAUCAAGCCUGGGUCUACUGUCAUUAUUUGGACUAAAAAGAGCAAAUUUCUCUGGUGCUGGUGCCCUGGGGUGUUUGGUCCUGUCGUUUGUAGCUGGGCAGGGUUGGUCAGACUCAGACAAAAAGCAAAUUGGUGAGGCAAUGUCAGUCGUUUGGGAUUUGUUCAUGCCAUUAUUGUUUGCACUUAUUGGAGCUGAAGUCAAUGUGGAAUAUAUGGAGAGCAGGCUUAUUGGAAGAGGAAUUGCAAUAUUGGUCAUAGGAAUGAUUCCUAGAUUGCUAAUGGUUUAUCUAGUUGUGUCUCGUAAUAACUUCACAAGGAAAGAAAAGCUUUUCCUGACGUUAUCCUGGAUUCCAAAAGCCACAGUUCAGGCUGCCAUUGGAUCAAUUACCCUUGAUGCUGCCCGUGACAAAGGGUUUAUUGGAGAAUAUCAAGAGAGGCAUGGUGUGGAGAUUCUUACCCUGUCAGUUCUGUCCAUUUUGAUCACAGCACCAAUUGGAGCCAUAGCAAUGACAGUCACAGGUCCAAAGUUGUUGCAGAAGUCAAAAUUUGCAUGUGAUGAUAACCCAGAUGAAGCUGGUCAGAGUGAAAAAGUUGAGCUUAAUAAUGAUAUUGGUUAUGUGUAAACAACUCACAAUCAAGUCACAGUAAUAUAAUCUAGAUUUGAAACAUGUUAUGAUAUUUAUACUAGCCAGAGUUUACUUUACUGCUCUUCACCAAUUUUUUUUACAAAUUAGUAUAAACUCUUCACUCUACAUAUCAAAACACUACUUUUAUUUUGUCUGGGCAGUUUGAAUGGAGGGGCAUAAGGAUGAGGGUGGCCAUAUGCACCCCCACCGUGCAAUGUGGCCAUAUGCACCCCCACCGUGCAAUGUGGCCAUCCAGGUGCCCUACUAGGCCGAGCCAUGUCAAGGCUGAUGGGUUGUUCGGCUUUGUUCCUGAAGGUGCCACCUAGAGAACAAUGUAAUGAUCGACAGUAAUCAAGUUUUCACAAUUUAUACAGUACACACUUCUAACCUAACCUAACCAAGUAAAUGCGUCCAAUUGUCCUACUUUUUUUUUAAACUGGCAAAAAAAAUGCAUUGGGGAAUCACCGAAAUGCUGUCAAAAAGAACAGCUUUGACUUUUCCAUGUUGUUUAUAUAGCUUCCAAUUUGUAUAAAUUUUUAUUUGUCUUCAACAAAAACCUUUCGAUUAUUGCUUCUUUAUCCACAGAGAAUAAAUAGAAUCUCAAAGUUCAAGACUCAAAUCUCAAAUUAUAUGAGACCCAAAUCAACCUCGUACCCAGGAUUUUUCCA